AUGGAGAGAAAUUUUAAAUUGCGAGCCGCUUUGCUUUGGACUAUUAAUGACUUUCCUGGUUAUGCAAUGCUCUCCGGUCUGAGCACCAAAGGCUAUAUGGCAUGCCCUAUAUGCAUUGAUUCAACUCCUUCUGAAAAAUUUGGGAGUAAGACUUGUUAUUGUGGGUAUCGAAAAUGGCUUCCAUCAUGUCAUCCAUAUCGAUUUGAGAGUGACAGUUUUAACGGAAGAGAAGAGCAUGGUGAAGCUCCACCUCGGCCUAGUGGGACUGACAUAUUGGGGCUACAAGAAAAGGUUGGGUAUGUUUAUGGGAAGGCAUCAAAAAGAAAGAGAGGUAACGAGAGUAACAAUGAAGAAGAUGUUGUCAUUGGUACCAAGAGAAGCAUAUUUUAUAAUUUAGAGUAUUGGGAACAUAAUUUGUUGAGGCAUAAUCUAGAUGUAAUGCACAUAGAAAAAAAUGUGUGUGACAAUAUUUUAAAUACUCUCUUAAAUACCGAUAAAAGCAGAGAUAAGAAGGAUGAUCGAGAUGCCCUUCAAGGAUGUGGCAUAAAGCCACAUCUUUGGGUUCAAGAUAAUCAUAUGCCUUCAACUUCUUAUUCUAUGUCUGUAGAGGAGAAAGAGAGGUUCUUAAAAGUUUUACAAAAACUCAGAGUCCCUGAUGGCUAUGGAUCUAACCUUUCUAGAUGCGUGAACAUGAAGCAAAGAAGGUUGAUUAACCUUAAGAGCCAUGACAACCAUGUUUUGAUGCAAGAUAUCCUUCCCGUCGCAUUAAGAGCUUCUAAUGCAACAAAAGUAAUUGAUUUGCUUGCAAAAUUGUCUUACUUUUUCAAGCAAUUAUGCUCCACUGCUAUUGAUCCUGAUGAUCUAGAUGCUCUUCAAGAAGGAAUUGUAUUAACCCUUUGUGAGUUGGAAAUGGAGUUUUUGCCUUCAUUUUUCACAAUCAUGGUUCAUUUGCUAAUUCACUUAGUGGAAGAGGUUAAACUCGAUGGGCCAGUACAGUACAGAUGGAUGUAUCCCAUUGAGAGGUACUUGGCCCAUCUAAAGUCACAUGUAGCUAAUAAAGCCCAACCUGAUGGGUCAAUUGCAGAAGGCUACCUUUUAGAGGAGACCAUUAGGUUUUGUUCAAGAUAUCUUGAAGGUGUUAAGACCGUCUUUAACAAACCUAAACGAAUUGAUGAUGAUAGUCCCAAUUCUGGAAAAUGCUUGUGUAAUUCUGGCGGUCGAGUAAUUGGGAAAGAAGUCAAUUUCCGUCUAGAUGACAAAAGCCUAAAACAAGCUCAUCGUUAUGUUUUACUGCAUCAUUCUGAUGAAAUUCAAGAUCUUCUCGAAGAAUUUUUAAAUCUAAAGCGACAAAUGAAUACACAUAACCCAAUCACUGAAAGUGAUGAAAGUGAUUGGAUCAUCAACGAGUUUGGAGAGUGGUUGCGAAGUCAGGUACACUCAAUAGAUGAAUCCACCGAAGAUGGGAAACUUAGAAAAAUUCUGGCAGGGGGAUUGAAUUGUUAUGGUAGAAAAAUGAAGGGCUUUAUGAUCAAUGGGUAUAAAUUUCAGAUCAUGGACCGUGAUAGCCGUUUGACUUCCCAAAAUUCUGGAAUCAUGGUUGAAGCAGAUGGAGAAGCAUACUAUGGGAAAGUGAAGGAUAUAUAUGAAUUGGACUAUUAUGGGACUUACAAAGCUAUAUUGUUUCAUUGUGUUUGGGUAGACAUACAUAGGGGUGUUAAAUCAGAUCAAAAUGGCUCUAUAUGUGUUAAUUUCUCUAAGUUGAUGCAUUCAGGAAGAAAUUUGCAAGAUGAUCCUUUUAUUUUCUCAUCUCAAGUAAAACAGGUUUUCUACAUUGAAGAUGAGAUACGAAAAGGUGUAGAACUUCCUGUCAAAAAGAGAGAGAACGAAGAGGUUUAAUUAGGUGCCUCAUAAUGAGUUGCAGAAGUAAAAGAACUGCUUUACCCCCUGGCGAGGCUCAAUUUCUUUAAAUAAGCAGCCCACUUCGACAUCCUUACAGUCUAAGUCCAGCCAUAUUGCAGUGUCACAAUCCAACUUUUCAGAGUCUUCUAACCAAUCCACCCAAUGGGGACCAUUUAGCCCUCCAACACUUGGAAGAUCACAAACGUUUGGGCACAUAUCGCAACCAAACAAAUCUUCUAUUAAUGCAUCAAAACCCACAUCUACAUCAUCUUCAUCUGUAGCUGCUGCAUCAGAAGCAGGUAUGCCAACUAUAAUGCCAUCAAACUCCCAACAAAAGAUGUCAUCAAAACCUCCUUUAACCCCAUCACAACCUAGAUCGUAUCCUAUGUUACAAUCUGUAACACCACAAACAUCACAACUCCCUCUUAAAGAAACACUACAGCCUCACAAAGGAACAAUUCAACCUACUAAACCAUCAAAGCAUCAUAAGGCUACAGAGCAUCCGACUAUUCCACCUUUUACUAAAGCUAAAACUGGUGCACUUCCGUCACAAGAAACAACACAAGUCCCUCAUAAAGAAACAACUCAGCCGACUAAAGCAUCAAAGCAACCUCAAAAAGCUACCGAACAUCCGAGUAAACAACCUUUUCCUGGAGCUAAAACAGGUGCACUGCCGGUGGGAGCUUCACAAUAACCUAUUGUCUCUUCUUUGACUGGAGCUAAAUCCCAAUUAGAAAGAAGAGUUGUUUCACCCCUGGAAGCUAUGCAACAAACUCAAAAGAAGCAUCCUAUGACGUCUUCUAAUUUUGGAGGUGAACCCUUGACACAACCUCAAAUGAAUACAACUUGUUCAACGGGACUCCAAAAGGAUAAGUCUCCUGCAUAUAUUCAUGCUGAAAGCAACAAGAGGUUAAAUUUUGACUCUGACGAACCUGAAUCUCAAUCAGAGAGUGAAGAAGAGUUGCAUGAGUCAGGUGGAGUGGACAGUGGUGUGAAAAGAACAAAAUUUAGACGCCGAAGUAUUGUGAAAAAUUGGCCAGAGCAUGUCAAGUUUGAUGAGGAAGAAGAGGUUGUGGCAUUUGGUAAGUGUAAAUGCAUAUUUAAUAUUAUGUGCUUUGUUUUUUUCCUUUUCGAAUGUUUUUUUUUUUAUUGUUUAACACUUAUCUAAUUUCAUUGUUU